AUGGAGGCUACAGCUCUCUGCCUCAGAUCAUUUGCAGAUGCAGCUUUUCUUGAUAUCCGUCCAAACAGAGUGCAACACUUUGAGUAUGAGUCCAUCUCAUUUCACUGUGAGGGGAUCGCUGGUUCCACUCAUUUGAGAGCGAUAAGCAAUACGAAGGAAUUUGAUCCAGGAUGUCGAGUUAAGAAGACACCAACAGGGUCCACCUGCACCAUCGAUAAAAUCUAUCCAGAAGAGAGUGGAGAGUACUGGUGUGAGACUGGAGGAGAGAGAAGCAACAGAGUCAACAUCACUGUCACUGCUGGUCCUGUGAUCCUGGAGAGUCCUGUCCUCCCUGUGUUGGAGGGAGACUCUGUGACUCUGAGCUGCAGAACCAAGCCUUCUACCAACCUCCCAGCUGAUUUCUUCAAAGAUGGCCAUGUCAUUGUGAAGAGUAGUUCUGCAGAGACGACCAUUCAAAAUGUCUCCAAGUCUGAUGAAGGACUCUACAAGUGCAGCAUCAGUGGAGUUGGAGAAUCAGCAGAGAGCUGGCUGGCUGUCAGAGUAAACAAACAUCCUGCCAUCUCUGCAUCACCUGGUGAAGACUCUCGCUCCGAUGACUCCAACUCCUCUCACUUCCCCAUCCUCUGGGUCGCUGUCACCAUUUUCUUCAUGGCUCUGGUGCUGCUGCUGGUGGGUGCUGCGUGUGGUGAGGACGCUGCAGACGAUUCAGACAGUCUGACCUAUACGGUCGUCUUCAUAAAACCAAGGGAGGCAAAAGAUGAGGACGACUACUCAUUUCAACCAAUUUAUUCUGCUCUGGCCAUGAAUGAGACUCCACAAGCUCUCCAGCAUGGCUGUGGCUCAGGCCAAUGA